AUGUCCACUGGCAGCGCUAAACCCGUUCUGGAGUAUUGCGUCUUCAAGGCCCCGGAGAAGGGUUGCCGGCUUUAUAAUUUCAGUUCGUUCUCCACCUCCGAACUUCCCCAGGGCCAGGACGACGGACGGCCAGAUCUCCUCUCUCCCGGCCAUCUCACCCGCUCCACCACAUCCCACCUCGCACAUCACGCUGCCUCACACGAGUCCUCAGGACCUCAGGAAGCUGGCCUUCUUAUCGCGCGCUGA